GAAAGAUGUCAUGUUAUUAUUUUUUAUUAGCGCUUCUUUAUUACGUUUGCAUAUGAAAACUCGAGAAUCAUACCCACAAUUUGUAGCUAUAUAAAUGAAGAAAUAGGAAAUAAGAAUAUAUAUAUAAAUAUCGAGUAAUCAUCACAUCACCAUGCCACACCAUUCCUCAUCUUUCUUCCUUCCUUCAACUACGAUCCUGAAACCCAAACAAAUUAAACACCUGCAAGAGCACAAGUAUUCUGCUUCGGGGCAAUCCCUGUUAGAAAAGAGCAUGCAGGGUCUGUGGGAACGUCAACUAAAUUACAUACCCCUUUAUAUAGCCCCAAAUGUGCUAACCCUUCUAGGGCUCAGUUGCAAUGUUUUCACUACUCUGAUCUUGAUGGUAUACAGUCCGGAUGCAGCCAGGGAUGUGCCUAGAUGGGCAUGCGCUCUUUGCGCCCUGGGCCUGUUUAUAUACCAGUCUCUCGACGCCUUGGACGGAAAACAAGCUCGCAGGACGUCCAGUAGUUCGCCUCUGGGGGAGUUAUUUGAUCACGGCUGUGAUGCCAUCUCGGCCGUUUUCGCCGUUCUUUCUGUCUGUAUCAGCGCUAAGCUGGGCGUGUGGCCUGGUCCUGCCCUUUUUAUCGCUUUACUCACUCUUUUUGCCUUCUAUACGGCCCACUGGCACACCUAUGUAUCGGGUAGACUCCUAUUCACAUCCUUGAACGUUACCGAAGCACAGGCUGGCGUAGCGGCCGUCUUACUUAUAUCUGCAUUGGCUGGAACUCCCGUUUGGGACACGGUUCCUUAUCUGAGACUGGUUAUCGCCGUUAUAUCAGGCAUGGGUUCUGCAUACAUAAUCUACUCAUACGUAACAAUCGUGUUUAGUGGGGGAGCGGGUCGAAAUAAGUCAACUGUAGCUGAUACCAGUGUCCUUUCCCCUGCGAUACCGUUUGCCGGCGCUGCCGUAGCCGCUUUGGCCAUAUUCGACAAAUCGUUAGCUCUACGCCGUCACUUAUGCUUAUACAUUCUAACGUUCGGUUUGGUGAUAGCUAAACUCACCAUUCUCUUGGUCCUAGCUCACAUGACAAAAAGCGAAUUGAGUAUGAUGGAUCGAAUUUUCGGGGGGCCAGCCCUUUUGGCGCUUAAUCAAUACUACAACCAUCUAUUCGACGAGAGGUUUGUUCUAUGGUUCGCGUUCAUAUUUACUGCUUUCGACAUAACGCGUUACUCGAUUUGCAUAUGUUUGCAAAUAUCGCAAACCCUAAAAAUUCCAAUUUUAACCUUGCCUAAAAAUUCGUCGAACGCACAUCAGAAUCCACAGACUUUAGCAUCGAAUCAUAAUUUGAAUAAUAAUGCACAAGCUGGAGCUAAGAAAUAUAAAUGACAAUAUUACACUAAUACCAUAUAUAUUUUUAUACAAAAGAGGCGAAAUUAUGAUGAUCAUAUAUUUUAUAGCUUUUUAUUAUUUCAUCUCAGAUUAUUAAAAAAUUAAACAUACUUAAAAAAGACUCCUGAAAUUUAUUGAUAUAUUUUUUGAAUUUUGACAAGCCCUCAACCACCUCAUUAAAUUUCUUUAUUACUUUUAUAUGAAUGAAUUUAUUUUGUAUAUAUAUAAAAUGAUUAUGAAAACACCUAUGUUAUAUUAAGAAAUGGCUUUCUUCGUAUUAUAAUGAUCAAGUGUUUUGAGAAUUAUAUUGUUCUAUCUUUCAUUAACUUUUAUUUUUGUUACUAUCACUACUAAUCAUUUCUGUAAAAUUAAAAAUAGAAUAAUGAAUUUUAAUCGUGUUAUAUAAUGUAAUUUUAAUACA